AUGAAGUCGGUCCACGGCCAGCCCGCAGAAGGGGCGCUCUUCUCUUCCUUUCCCAGCAGGAGGCGUUUAAGGAUCGAUGACUUUGAAAUUGGCCGUCCUCUGGGCAAGGGGAAAUUCGGCAACGUGUACCUGGCUCGGCUCAAGGAGAACCACUUCCUGGUGGCCCUGAAGGUCCUCUUCAAGUCGCAGAUGGAGAAGGAAGGGCUGGAGCAUCAGCUGCGCAGGGAAGUUGAGAUCCAGGCCCACCUACAACACCCCAAUAUCCUGCGCCUCUACAACUACUUCCAUGACCCACGGCGAGUGUACCUGGUUCUGGAAUAUGCUCCGAGGGGCGAGCUCUACAAGGAACUACAGAAGAGCCGCCAGUUCGAUGAGCAGCGCACAGCCACGAUAAUGGAGGAGCUGGCAGAUGCCCUGACCUACUGUCAUGCGAAGAAGGUGAUUCACAGGGAUAUUAAGCCAGAGAACCUGCUGCUCGGGCUCCGGGGCGAGGUGAAGAUUGCAGACUUUGGCUGGUCUGUGCACACUCUCUCUCUGAGGAGAAAGACAAUGUGUGGGACUCUGGACUACUUGCCCCCAGAAAUGAUCGAGGGGAGAACGUAUGAUGAGAGAGUGGAUCUCUGGUGCAUUGGGGUGCUCUGCUAUGAGCUGCUGGUGGGCAUGCCACCCUUUGAGAGCUUCUCACAUACUGAGACCUACCGACGCAUCCUCAAGGUGGACAUGCGUUUUCCUCCCUCAAUGCCUCCUGGAGCCCAGGACCUCAUCUCCAAGCUGCUCAGAUACCAGCCUUUGGAGCGGCUGCCCCUGGCCCAGGUUCUGGAGCACCCGUGGGUCCAGGCCCACUCCCACAGGGUGUUGCCUCCCUCUGCUCAGACAGCUUCCUGAGCCUGUCUGCCCUGCUCCUUUGUGCUUGUUCCAAGAGCUUGCCUGCUCUGCUGCCUCAACUGUCUUCUUGUUUCUUAUUUUUUAUGCUGUAAGGUACUAAUUAAUAAAAGUUGAAUCAUUUUGUACCA